AUGUCGACUAUUCUGCGGACACUGCGCAAUCUGCGCCGAAUUGGCGUCAAGGACUUUGGCCACCAGAUGCAGAACAUCGGUGAUACCAAGGCUGGAACUCUUGUCGGAGUCGAUCGCUUCGGAAACAAGUUUUAUGAGAACAUGGAGGAGGAGCUGCCUCUCCGCACACGCUGGGUCGACUACAAGGUUAACUGGCCCGAGUACCAGCCCGACCAGAUUGAGCCUGGCUGGCACGCCUGGAUCUCCUACAUGGUUGAUUCUCCCCCGCACGCCGACAAGAUCCUGCAGACUGGCGUCCGUACCUGGGAGCUGCCUGAGCAUCGUCCCAACCCUACGCUCAGCCGUGCUGCCUUCAAGACGUACUCGACCACCCGUCCCAAGUACUCCGCCUGGACCCCCGUUGCUGCGCCGCGGUAG